GGCGGGGCGGGGCGGGGGCUGAGCUGCCUUUCGAGCGGGCUGUCGCGGGCCGGCAGAACCGCAGCGCCAUGGUGAGAGCCAUGGGAUUCGUAGGACUGCUGGUGGGGCUGAUCCUCGUGCCCGCCGUGCUGGUGAGCACCAGCCUGCGCCACGGUGCCCCGCGAACCGAACCGAAGCCGGCCGAAUGGGAGCCGGCCGAAUGGGAGCCGGCCGACCGAGAGCUGGACGACCGAGAGCUGGACUCUCAACCCGUCCCCGAGAACUCGCUGUGGCCCCUGCCGCAGUGGGUCCACACGUCCCGCCGCCAGCUGCAGCUUGUCCCCGGCCGCUUCCAGCUGGUGCACGGCGCCGGCUCCGCGGCGGGGCCGGACUGCGGGCUGCUGCAGGACGCCUUCCGCAGGUACUACGAGUACACGUUCGGACAGUCCCGGCGGCGGGAGUGGAGUCGCAGGCCGCCCGGACUCCGGGCCGAGCUGUCGCAGCUGCAGGUGGUGAUCGAGUCGGCGGAUCCCGGCUGCCAGAGCUACCCGCACCUCGGCUCCAGCGAGGCCUAUCAUUUAACUGUAACUGAGCCUGUUGCUAUAUUGAAAGCAGAUGAGGUAUGGGGUGCUUUAAGAGGUCUGGAAACCUUCAGCCAGUUGGUUCAUGAAGAUGACUAUGGGAGGUUUCAUAUCAAUGCAUCUGAAAUUGAUGACUUCCCAAGAUUUGCUCAUAGAGGAAUCUUACUGGACACUUCAAGGCAUUAUUUACCAUUGAAAUCUAUCCUUACAAAUCUGGAUGCCAUGGCUUUUAACAAGUUCAAUGUUCUCCACUGGCACAUAGUAGAUGAUCAGUCGUUCCCUUACCAGAGCAUUUAUUUCCCUGAAUUAAGUGACAAGGGAGCAUACUCCUAUAACCACGUCUAUACUCCUACUGAUGUCCAUCUGGUGAUUGAGUAUGCCCGGCUGAGAGGCAUCAGAGUUAUCCCUGAGUUUGAUACCCCGGGACACACGCAGUCUUGGGGAAAAGGUAAAAAAGAUCUUCUCACCCCCUGUUACAAUGGAGAACAGCCAACUGGGUCCUUUGGACCUGUAAAUCCCAUUUUGAAUACAACUUAUGACUUCAUGACUAAAUUCUUCAAAGAGAUCAGCAGUGUAUUUCCAGAUGCAUACAUUCAUUUGGGAGGAGAUGAAGUGGACUUUAAUUGUUGGAAAUCCAACCCAGAAGUGAAAAAGUUCAUGAAGAAGCGAGGAUUUGGCUUUGACUAUGCUAAGCUGGAGUCUUACUAUAUUCAGAAGAUUCUGGACAUUGUUUCCUCCUAUAACAAACGAUAUAUGGUCUGGCAGGAAGUGUUUGAUAACAAAGCGCAGCUGAAACCAGACACUGUAGUUGAAGUGUGGAUGGGAAACAACUAUGUUCAUGAACUGAGCAGUGUCACUGGAGCUGGAUUCACUGCUAUCCUGGCAGCUCCUUGGUACUUGGACUACAUUAGUUACGGGCAAGACUGGAAGAAAUACUACAGCGUUGAGCCACUUAAGUUCCCUGGAUCUGAAGAACAGAAAAAACUUUUAAUAGGUGGAGAAGCUUGCCUGUGGGGAGAAUUUGUGGAUGCAACUAACAUCACACCAAGAUUAUGGCCUCGAGCAAGUGCUGUAGGGGAAAGACUGUGGAGCAGCAGGAAUGUGACCAACCUGCAGGAUGCCUACAACAGGCUGACAAAUCAUCGGUGCCGCAUGCUCCGCCGGGGCAUAGCAGCUGAACCUGUGUUUACUGGAUACUGUGCCCAUGAAGCAAGAAGGGAGUAGUGGCUGAAGGGACGUACGGUCACCAACCUGAAGUGCCUCGGGGAUAUGAAUAUAUGUGCAUGCAGUUUGGUACCUGAACUUAGAUUUAAAAUAAAGCUAUUUGGCAUUUUCA